AUGGACGACGGCGAACUCAUCAUCAAACCACAAGACAUCGAGCGUCUAACGCCCCGCGAACAGCAUGAGCUACAGAGCUUUCUCCAAAGCGAGUCGCAAAAAGCCCAGGUUCAGAAACAAAUCCACGAAUUAACCGAGAUGUGCUUCAAGAAAUGCAUCACCGGCACGAUAUCCUCGGGGAAAUUGUCGAGCAAGGAAGAAUCCUGUAUGGCGAACUGCGUGAACCGUCUGUUCGAUUCCAAUAUGGUGAUUCUGAAACAUCUGGAGACGUUAAGGGCGAAUCAAUGA